AGAAGUAUCUGGAAGGCUUCAAAGGGAGCAAUUUCGAUGGUAUUGAAUUCCAUGUGCAAAUAUAUUUGGAAAUCUGGUCAUCGGAGGUCGGCAAAAUGGCUUGAAAGAGGUGCCUGGCGUCGUUCCCUUAGCCUGACCGAUAGCCAAAAAGCUGCGAUAAAGCAACGAGGCUGAUCUCCACAAGUUCGCAAGCAAACACAAUUUACAACUUCAACCUCAACGAUUGAUCUACUCUUGACCAAAAUCCCUCACAUCCAUAUCCAUCACAAAUUGCACCUCCGACACUGCAGCUUCUGCGCGCUGUAUCUUCCGGCCACGAUCCACGUAUUAAAAUACAAUCUCCCUCGAUUCCGCCGCAAGCACGCGACCUAGCCUGAAUCCGCCACGAUGGACGCGAAGCAGGUUGAUAUUCAACUCAAGGCUCUGCAAAAGGCAGUGGCCGAGAAGCAACCUACAGCAAAUGUGGUUGCUAUCCUGGAGACAUUGAAGAAAGAUGUUGUCCCGACCGAGGAACUGCUCAGGACAACCAAAGCCGGUAUCGUCGUCUCCAAGCAAAAGGCCAAUCCCAACAAGGACAUUUCCAGGCUCGCUGCAGAGAUCGUAUCGAAGUGGAAGCAAGUUGUUCAAGGAUCACAAAAGAAGGCAGCUUUGGCCAAGUCGAGUGCUGGAUCACCAAUGAAGACCGCCUCCUCCCCAGCUCCGAGCAACGAACCUAAGACGUUCAAGGGCGAUAAAUCCAAGAGAAAGUGGGAGAAUGAGGGUGUUGAUACCAAGCGCACUGGAAUUCCAACCAGGGAUGCUUGCAUUGGACUGCUAUACAAUGGACUCGCCUACAUGUCGGACGAAACUCCUACUCGCUUGAUCCUUCGGGCUGUAGAGAUUGAACAGGCUGCAUUCGACAAUUUCAAAGGCGACACCCCAGAUUACCGAGCCAAGCUCCGUUCUCUGUUCCAAAACCUCAAGAAUGCUUCGAAUAAAGAGCUAGGCCCACGUGUCAUGUCUGGAGAUAUCAAGCCCGCCCGAUUCGUCACCAUGACCCACGAGGAGCUGAAGUCUGCUGAGCGUCGCGAGGAGGAUGAGAAGUUGAUGAAGGAGAACUUGAAGAUGGCACAGGUUCCAAUGGCAGAGAAGAGUAUCAGUGAUGCCUUGAAGUGCGGAAAGUGUGGUCAGAAGAAAGUCAGCUACAGUCAAGCGCAAACCAGAUCUGCAGAUGAACCGAUGACUACUUUCUGUGAAUGCACGGUUUGUGGUAAUCGCUGGAAGUUCUCUUGAACAUCUGGCUGAUGGGGCGUGCUCGGAUCUUAAAAUUUCAAUUCUCUUAGGGUACUUUUUAUGGAUGGCUUCAGGGGUCUGGGGUCUUACAAUGCAUUUGGGGGGUUUAUUCUAAUGAGUCCAGAACAGCGUUGCUUCUCAUUCCAUUUGUGCUUUAUACUGCCAAAGCAUGGAUUUUAACAUGUCUCUCUGAAGGGGCUUAGCACGUGGUUCUUCUUUCAGAGAACGACGCUCUGCUGUCAUGAGAUAGAGAACGAAAGAACGAUAGAUCAUGCAACAUCUCUGCCACAUUGAUUACCCUUCUUUCACCUCGGAUCUUUGAUGCCUAGCAAGGCCAGCAAGUUUGUCUGCUCAUGCUCUUCUUCCAACCCCAUCUCGCCUACACUCUUCCAGAACUUACUGAGAUGUCGAGUACCACUGUCACAAAGGAUGGUAACAAUCCGACUGUCCUUUGGCAUCUGCAGAGCAGUAAAGACAGCAGCAACGCAAUUCACA